AUGUGGCAGUGCGGGCAGUGCGCCAAGAAAACCAGCACCGCCUAUCCGAACUUCGCGUACCGCGCGGAGUGCCGCGUGUGCGGCAGCCAGGCGGAGGCGAAGAAGGAGGUCGACGACAAGCAGCUGGAGUUCGCCAAGUACGUCCUGGAGCCCCAGAAGCACGAGCACGGGGCGGGCCGGACCGCCUGGCCGCAGGACCAGCCGCAGCUCCUGGAGUGCGCGGCAAUCGUCGACCAGGCGGAGGCGGCCAAGAGCACGGACGGGAACGCGGGCGCGCGCCAGAUACUCGUGCGCCUCUCCGACGCGGAGCGGAAGCUCGAGCGGGCGCAGGGCCGCAUCGACGCCAUCAAGCUCGAGGCGGCCGAGGUGCAGAAGCGCUUGCAGGAUGAGGAGGCCAUCCUCAAGGGCCACGGUGACAAGAAGCAGGAGCUGGAGGAGGCUCCGGACCGGGCGCAGCUGCGCGAGGCGAGCGCCAGGGUCCAGGCGGAGGACCUGGAGCUGUGGACAGCGAACACAACAGCCUGGAGCUCAGUCGAGCGGCUGCUCGACUGGUGGGUCGUGGACCGAGGAGGCUGGCCGCCCGACGUGGUGUGCUUCCAGGAGCACAGGGUGAAGCUCGAGAGCAAGCGUGCCUCAGCGAGGCGCGCGGCGCGCGCGCGAGGAUACCGGGCCACCCUGGGCCUGGCGCGCUCGACCGGGGAUGGCCCCGUGCAUUCGUCGGGAGGCACCGGGGUCGUUGUCGACGGCGGCAGUUGCGGCAGCGGGUUACCCAGCGCCCCGCUGCCCCAGCCACAGAUUGCAUGUGGUGCAGCUCAACUUGGGAUUGCAGCUGCCAGUCUUGGUGGCUUCGCUGCACCUCUGAACUCGGUGGGCCUCACGGGCCCCAACGUCGAGUUGCUGGAGAGCCUCUUGCGCGAAGUCCUGAGCUGGAGGUUCCCCUGGGUGAUCUUGGGAGGCUGGAACCUUGACCCACGUAUGGUCCAUGACUGGGCGCGCGUGGCUGGAGGCACCGCGGCUUCGACUGGCAGGCCAAAGUGCGGAGCGAAUGAGCUCGACUACGCGGUGGUCAGCAGGGCGCUGUCGGAGCUGGUCGACGACGCGCAGUGGAUGGAAGGUGCCCCGAUGCACCCGCAUUAUCCUGUCAUCUUGAGGCUGACGGGCGUGCGCAAGAAGGCGAAGGUGCAGGCGGCGAAGUACCCCGCGAAGUUUCUGCUGGACCUCCUUCCGCCGGCGCGGCCAGCACCACAGGCGGAGACCGAGUGGGACAUGGGCGCGAGGGAACUCAGCGUCGGCGAGGCGCCCGCGGAGUGGUACGCGAAGGCUGAGCAGCACUUGGCGGCUCUGCACGGCGAGGAAGUCCCAGCCGGGACAGUCCAGAGCAGGGCGGACGGCCUUCAGGUGCAUUGGAUCCCCUUGGAGGCGCACUGUUCCAACAGCGUGCGGUCGCGGUCCCGCCAGGAGGCGCGGCGAUGGCACAGCCGAGCGGGGGCCCUUCGGAGGCUGGCGGCGCUCGCCACACAAGAUCGCACCAGCGGCGAGGACUCGCCCGAGCUGAAGCGCCAGACGAGGCUGACGAGGUCGCUGCAAGGCCCCAGUGACCCUUGGCCCACAGAGGAGGCCCUGGCAGGCCUGGACAUGCGGAAGCUCACCGACGUAGUUUGCUUCGGGAGCAACGGUGCUUGCGGGGUGCUGCCGCAGGCGGUCCAGAAGGAUGUCGAUCGCACGGACGACGAGGACCGGGGGCGGCAGGGACGACAGUGGAAGGCUGGACAGGACGAGGGGGAGGGACCGGGCCUUCCAGCUGCAGAGGCCCUCCAGACGCUGCUUGACGAUUGGUCGCCCCUCUGGUGCAAGGCCAGCCGGGAGCGGGAUGCGGACUGGGGCGGGAUAGGCCCCACCCGGGGAAGCUUGCACUUGCCGCGGGCGCACCGUGAGCGGUUCAUGCAGACCUUCGCGGCGUGGGGGGCCUGCCCGUGCGACGCGAGGCUCUGGGAAUUGAUCACCGUGUUCCUGGCCAAGGAGGACGGGGGCAUGCGGCCGAUCCGCCUCAACUGCUUGUGGAUCCGCCUCUGGUCCAGGCUGCGCCAGCCGCUCGUGAAGCAGCGGGGGGGCGACCUCAAUGACCCUGCGUUCUGGGGCUCGGAGGGCACGUCGCGUGACGCCGCAGGCUUGAUUUCCAACUCGUCGGCAAGCUUCGCGCGGAUUAAGAAGGCGGCUGCCGAGGCAGGCGUGGUGGACUUGGCCAAAUCCCACGAGCACGUCAGCCACGCCGAGCUCGCGUUCGGCCGCAGGGCCAUUUGGGCUGGUGCGAUUUCGGAUGGCAUCCGGACGAACGGGACCCUGACCGCGGGGUGUUCGUGCGCCACAGUGGUGGCCAAGCUGCUGCUCAACGCGCUCACGAAGUGGGCGCAGACGCGGCGCCCGGCGGCGCGCUGCCAGAACAUCGUCGACGACGUCUUCGUGCAGGCGGUGGGCGGAGAGACGCAGGUGAAGGUGCAGUUGCCUGGCGCAACGGUCGACCUCGCGCGCGGACUGGUCGAGAAGGGCAUAACCGACGGCAAGCUGCACCAACUCAGACUCUUGGCGGCGAAGGCUGCGGGCAGGCCCCCAGCGGGGUGCAGCGUCGGCAUCAGGCUGAAAGCGCACCCACGCGCUGCUUCGCGGGACCCCUGGAUCUUGCGCGCCACCGAGCUUGCGAGCGCUGGGACCUCGACGCUGGCGCGGGGGCUCGUCACGGAGGCGGUGAUGAAGACGUGCUGGGGGGCUGCGAGCGGCAUUUUGAUUCGUGGGAGGCCCUGGAAUCUGCGCCGCUGCCCGGCGGGGGCCUGCCGCCUUGGGCAGCGCGGGGCAGGGUUGGGCAUGCCGCAGUUCGAUGCCUUGGGGGCCCCAGGAGGUGAGGUCAUUCGGUUGCGGGACUUCUCUCCAGGAGCUGCCGAGGAGAUCGUUCGCCGGCGCGCGUGCCAGAUGUCCGAAAUGGCUGCUCUGGCCAGGCUGAGAAGGGCCGGCACGUGGGCGACCCCGCUCAAGUGGCCGCCAUUGGCCAAGCUGCUCGGGCCGAAGUCGGUGGACGACGCCGAGUGGACGAUCGGCCACCAGCGGGCUCUUCGAAGCUCGCUCGGAGGAUCCCACUGGUCGCAGGCCCGGCUUUGCGACGAGGGCAAGACGGGCAGCGGCCUGCGCGCAGCGUGCCGCGCGGAGCGGGGCACGUUCUGGCACCGCCGCUUCGCUUGCGACGGCUCAGAGGCCCGCCGCCUCGCGCGGCACACGCGGCCCGAGGGGGGCUUCUUCUCGGGCGAUGUCUUCAUCGACGGGAGCGACUUCGACGUGGAGGACGACUCGCUGCGACGGGCAGGGUGGGCCAUCGUGGCCUUCAACGACGACCGGGAGAUCACGGGCGCGGCGCCGCUAACGCAGGCGCCGCUGCAGGAGGCGCCCGACGGCGAGGAUUGCGCGUUCAAGAUGCUGGCGCGGCUCGGGCAGGGCCCUCUCAGGGCCCACUGCGAUUGCAAGGGCACGGCGAGGUGUGCGCGCGACUGGGAACUCGCCGCGCGCGAGGCCAACGAGCGGCGGCACCUCCUGUCAGCGCGGUGGUCCGAGAUGGGCGACCAGGAGGUGGAGGUCGUCAGGAUCAAGGCGCACCUCGGGGUGAACGCGACGACGAAACACUUGGAGGGCUGGCGGCGCGCUGGCAACGCUGCGGCGGACCGCCCGGCUCGCCGUGGAGCCCGGCUGCGGGGCGCCCCCGACGAGGCGCGCCUCUUCGCCGCCGCGCGCAGGCGCCGAGCGAGGCAGCUGGCGCGAUGGGCGGGAGACCUCCACGUGCACCUGCAGGAGAGAGGGAGCGAUUCCGCGGGCCUGGGUGCAGACGCAUGGGAGGGCGAGGAGGAGCACGACGGUGGCCAGCACGACGCCAAAGGCGGCCCAGCGACAAGCAGACGACCCCCACAACGUCACGGAGUCGGCGCGGCCGUGCCCCUCCAGGCGACGCCCGGCGCACCGGAGGAGCUGGCCAGAGGGGCGGCCGACAGAGGCGCGGAGGUUCGCCACGCCUCUGCAGCGCCAUGGAAGCUGAGGGGCCAUAGCAUUUUGGCAAGGCCGCGCGACGACGAGGACGCGGUGCUCUUCUGCAUGCAGCGCGGUGCCAACGCGCAGGUGCCGUGGACAGGCCGCAGCAGCCUCCUGGGUCCGCGCCACGGCCCCGAGGCCGCUGGACUAGCAGAGGCGCGCGGGCGGCUGCGAGGCGGCCUGCGCCCGUGCCCCUGGAGGCAGAGACAGGGGCCCGGGCAGCCUCGAGCUCUCACAGACACCGAGCGGAGGAUGUGGCGACCAGCGCUGGCGCUAGACGCUGGCGAGGAAGGAAAGGGAACUCCAGUCAGACCGGGUUACGGGCUCAAUUGGCGGCGUCUUCACAUCUUCGACGUGGCGCGGCUGCGCGGGCCCCCCAGCCCUGUGGAGGCAGUGGCUUGGGAGCGCGCGGCGGCGCUAGACAGCGAGGGCUCUGAGAGCGACGGCAUGGCGCGAAGGCCUCGGCGGCUGUGCGGGGCCGCCGCGGCGGCCCAGGUGGGCUAG